AUGUCCCUGCUUCACGUCAUUCUGGCGAUCGUCCACUUCGCUUACAGCGUUUACUUGGUUAUCUCAGGCCAAUGGACGUUAGUAAAGCGGCAAUUUAAUAAACGAUUCAGUCGGAUUGGGUCAGGAAGUGUUGGGCCCGUAAGGUAUGACGUGGGGAGGAUUAAAAAGUUACCUGGACACAUAGUAAUUGCUGUAGCGUACGAGGACAUAUCCUUCGUUGAUCUCGCUAAGUUUGUUAGUUGGACGGUUACGUUGGAAAUACCGCAUAUCAGUUUUUAUGAUCAAAAUGGUGUAAUCAGAAAGAAUGCAAGCAAAUUAAAGAGAGUUUUCGAAACCCUCACGCCGAAUCUCGAGUCGAGAGUUACUUGGGAGAUGGAGAAAAUCACACCAAAGGCUCAUGCAGCAAACGGAAUUAAUGGCUUCACGACCACAAAAAUUCAUUUUCUAUCGUACGAAAAUGGUAAACACGAGAUAAUCGAGUUGACCAAGGAGCUCUCCCAUGCAGUGACUAAAGGACUCCUAAAAACCAAUGAAAUUGACAUAAACCUUAUGGACGAAAAAUUGCAUUUCAACUUCCCCGAUCCAGAUCUCGCAAUAGUGUGCGGCAAAACGUUUUCCACAUUCGGAUUGCUUCCAUGGCAUAUACGCGUAACAGAAUUCAUUCACUUAUCAACUCACCACCACGUGUCUCACCAAAAUUUCAUGGACAUACUGGUGAAGUAUGGUUGUUGUGAGCAACGAUAUGGCAAAUAGUCCAUCUAGUAUUGAAGUUUGGUUGAAAUUAUUACUUCAACAGCUGCCUGUGCACAUGAUUUACUACCUCAACGAGGCAACCACCGAUAAAUUAACGGAGAAAUAAUGAUGGAGACCAACAAAUGGCCAUGUAAUUGCAACUAAUGCGGAAUACCAAAUGGUUGACGGCUUAUGUCAAUGUAAAUAAUAAGUAUUUAAGGAUGUAAUCAUUUAUUUAUGGGGUUUACUUGCUGAAUUGAUAAACAAAAGUGAAACAAUAAUUCGAGGUAUCUCAGAGAGAUGUAUCUCAAAAGAUGAUUUUAAAAGUGUAAUUCAAUCUUCAAUUCAAGAAAGGAAAUAUCAGGUGACCUUCGAUUACACAUUGUUUUGUAUAUUUUGCAAUUUUAUUUCAUCAGAAAUUUUACCAUUCCAUUUUGGAAAGAAAAUUUUAAAAACUUCUGAUGAAAAAAAAAUGUAAUCCUUUUAAUUUAUUGUUGAAUUUUAAUACAAUUCUACUGAAUUGAAGAUUUGAUAUACGUGCAUUUACAAUUUUAUGCUGAAGCCCUAUUUUGUCGAGAAUCUAUCAAAUAGAUGAAGUGACAAAACAGUAUGAAAGAGUAAAUUUCACCUGCGGAUGAUCUUAGCAAAUAAAUUCCAGGAGUUUCACCAUAAUUCUCCAGCAAUAGUCGUGCAUUCCAUUAUCAUUCAAUUCAUCUAUAAUGUAGAACAAAAAUCCGAGCAUAUUUUAUAAAAAAAAAUUACAACUUCCGCGAUCAAUGAUGUAAGAAACAGAUCAAUAACACAAACUAUUGAAAUAAAUUCGUAGAAUGUUCAAAGUAUUUCCUUUGUAAAGUCAAAAUGAAGACUGAAUAUAUUUCGUUAAGAUUAUAAGAUUAUAUACAUUAGAUGAUCAUUAAUAUUAAACGAUUCAUUGGUUCAUUCAGUCUCUGACUCGCGCAAAUGGAUUUCGCCUAUGAUAAGUAAGAAAGGAAGAGGAAAAAACGAGAGAAGAAACAAAAUCACAUUCAGAGAGGCAACAUUCACUCACAUCCUUUGUCCUUAUCAUAAUUAUUACUAAAAUUCGUAAAUAACCGUUAUUAUACCAUUGAAGCUGCUGAAUCCCAGAGACCGGAAGCCUGAAACAGAAUGAAAUCCCCUCAAGAUCAUGGUCCCACGAAUGUGAGAGUACGUCUGAUGAAUCGAUCAUUAAAUCGAGUGCAUCAAGUACUAGUGGCCAUGCACAUUUAAUUAAUAAUUCAUCGUCGAUUCCUCCGUCUAAGGGACAAAGCAAUAGAAAUAAAUGAUUGGAAUGGA